AUCUCUUCGAUAGCCGCCGUAAAUAAAACAUUUAAAGGUAGAUUCUAUCUUAAAAUUAAAAAAAAUUGUCAGAUAAAGUCAAGCUAAAUCUAUUCAUAAGUGAAACAAAGUUAAAGAGUUCGAACAGGAAAAGAAAAUUCUUCGUUUACCGUUCUAGUUUUAUCAUGUCGGACGCGGAAUUUCCGGAUGGUCAGCCCCCAACAAUUGUUGAAGAUUUACAAGACGUUAGAGUAUCUUUCGGUGGUAUCGCAAGGCUGCAAAUUGUUGUUGAUGCAGCACCUGAGCCUCAAAUAGAAUGGUUCAAGGAUAAUAUGAAAAUUAACGGGAAGCAAUAUGAAGUUUUUAUAGAAGAUUAUGCCUACGUUUUGGAAAUUUACGAUUGUCGAUAUUCGGAUACGGGAGACUAUAAGUGCGUGAUUACAAAUGACGUUGGAAAAAUAAGUAGUGUUAGCUAUGUCGAAGUUAUUCGCCCAGAAAAGGGUGAAGGUGGGAGGAGAAGUUCCACUAAACAGUUAUUGCAGAAAUAUCAGCAGCAAUAUGGGCAUCGAAAGCAAUUUUCCUCCGUCGGAAAAGCUCACAUAGAAAGUUUAGCAGAAGAAGACGAAAUUGGUGAUUCGUCAAAAAAUUCGAUAGAAAAACUAUCUUCGUAUGAUAAUGAAAAAGAGAGAUAUCAACAAACAUCUUCGUUAAGCUUUAUUAAAACUCUUCAGAACGUAACAUGCACGAAUGGAGAUGACUUUAUUAUAGACUGUACAAUUACAAAACAAAACACAAACAACAUCAGAGUAGUUUGGAUGAAAGACGGACGAUUAUUGGGGAAGAGUUUGGUGAGCUUUAACUGAUGCCAUCUAGUGCUUUUUUAAUUCAAUAGUUGUACAGCUAACAAAAUUUUUAUAUGGGUGUAUGUUAAGGCACGCUUCAAAAUAUUUUCUUUUG